AGCCUAACCCGGCCCCCUGGCCUUGCAGCCCAUCAACAGGUGCAGGGGCGCAUGUCCGAGCCCCUAGGACGCACUGCAGCCCCCGCCGGCGCUUCCCCGCCGCGGCACUCUCGCUCCGGCUUCCAGACAGGAUCCACGCAUCCCGACGUCUCGAAAAGAUCGUUGUGAAAAGUUCUCCCAUCUUCCGAGUGCUGGUGCCAGAGCGGUCCCGGUGUGGAAGCGCCACAAACAACGUUAGAGAAGGGUAAUAUGGAUAAAGCCCUUGAAAACCUGCCAAAAGGCAGUCCGACGAGUUUAACACCACCGAUGUAUAAUGUGGAGAUAGAAGAUGAUUCAGAGGAAGCACGAGUUGCGCCUCCUGCUCAACCGGCGCCGUUGGAGCCGGAUAUCAUUAUUCAUGACUUGAAAAAGCUUGAGGAAGAGCGACGUAUAAGAGACGAGGAAAUAGAGCGGGAGGUGCUAGAGGAUCUGGGAUUCAUCUCCCCACGCCGAACUGUGGCUAAUCGGUAUCACUCCGCCGAGACACGACGUUUGUGGGCUCUGAUCAACCCGGAAGAUCUGGACACUGAGACGUACUCGGUAUCGACGGUGCCUCCCAAAAAAUGCGACGAGUGCAAGGAGCGUUGUAACAAGAUGUGCCCGUGGUGGCUAGUUUGUGCCAAGAAAGAAACGGGUGAAGCGUCCCCAUCUUACACAAAGGCGGGAGCUUCCCAUUUUUACUUUGAGUCUGCACCACGGCGGCCCUUGGAGCCGAGGUCGGCGUUGUGCGUGCCUGAGUCGAGCAGGUGGCUAAAGCCAGAGCCGAAGGCCCCUGUAGCCCAGCCCCCCACCCCCCCGCCGUCCCCUGCGACGCCCCGCACCAGCCCUGCUGAGUCCCCCGCCGUCGCUCGUCGCUUGUCUUACGUCCAGGAGACCCUACUUUAA